UCUGUAGUUUGUCAGUGCUCGGAAUGUUUACUCACAGGUGGAUUGUGGAAACACCUGCGGGACACCGACAUGUGAUUUUAAACAUCCUUGUUUGGUUUUCAAACAUCUCUGGUAAUGUGAAGCCGCAGCACUCCACUGCAUGGGAACGCCAGCGAGUCAUCGAUGCAGAACUCCUCAGCGCUGUUCGGGAUGGUCAGCCACUGUCAGGCGCCGGCGUUCGCGGACUUCCCCGGCGUGGCGCUGUCCACGUACGGCGGAAAGGCGGACGUGUGUGCGCGGCGCGGCGGCAGCGGCGCGUUCGCAGCGCAGAUCUGCCGCAGCCCCCAGACCCACGACGGCCCGGCGGCUCUCAUGAACUGCUCCAGUCCGAAGAGACUCAGCGGGUCCGAGCAGAAAGCGCAUCUGUCGGCCAAAACUCCGCGAUCGUGCUUCUCUCUCCCGCCCAUGCAAGUGAAUGGUGCCUUCUGCUCGGAGAAGGAUGUAGACGCUGAGCUGGGUGACGCUGUGGACACCCUGAUGCGAUGUGGGCAGAGCCUGCCACUGUCAGCGGGGGUUCAUUCAGGGGGGCUAUAUCCCCAGAGCCUCCACUGCGACAGACCUACCCCCGACCUCCUCCUGCAGGACGGCCCUCACCAGGACGCCAGAUCCUCCUCUGCCUUCCAGACGACCCUGUCAGGGGCCUCACCUGGCCUCGGCUGCGGCAGUGCCAGUGCGACUCGCUCCUCUCUCCCUUACCUAAUCAAACAGGAGAGCUCAAUGGGCUAUAAAAUCUCCAGCACAGGGUUGAGAGUCAAUAGCACGUCUCAGGCCGGGUUUCAGAUCUGUAGAGUAGGACAAGGUUUGGGGGUGCCAAGGGACAUGACAGUUGGAGCUCCGCAUGUUAGCAACAACGGUAGCGGCGUAUGUGCAGCAGGCGGUGUAGGUGGUGCUGCGUCAAGAGACGCAAUGCAACCGUUUAAUAAUGAAGAUGGCUCCUCCCCACUGGCUUUGUCUCCAACUGGCUCCCGUCAUUCAGCGCGGCUGCUCAGUGCGAACAGUCUGAAGAGACACUGCCUGUCCCUGGCCGCGCAGUCUACCGCUGCUGCUGGCACGGGAAGUGUUGCCGCCACUAGUUCCCCAUCAGGUACUGGCGCUGAUUCCGAGGAGAUCAAUAUCACCGCCAUCAUUUGCUCCUCCUCCCAGAUGUCGAUGGUGGCCUGCAUCAACGGGUUGCGUACUAACCUCUCACCAAGCCACACCAGAAGUGCCGGCUUCUCCUCCUCUUCCUCCUCCUCUUCUACGUCCCCACCCUCUAACUCCUGCUCACAGGAAGCCCUCCAGAGGCCCCCGCCUCACGGCAGCCCCCAGCAGCCCACGGUACAGGAGAGCUGUCAUCUGUCCUCACCUGCCACCUGCCUGCUGUCCCUAUCUGCCUCCUCCUCCACAUCCUCCUCUUCAGUGUCAUCAGAGGAGCCGGAGCAGGGCCGGGGGCAUAGCCAGGGGCUGUGUGAGGAGCCGGGCUCCAUGCUGCAGGGGCGUGGGGCUGGAGGAGCAGCCGGGGGAGGCGUGGGAGGCUCGGACGGGCUUGGGCUACUGAUGAGUGGGGCCCUGAUGUCUGGGACAUUGCAUUCAGGGCCCGAAGCUGGGGUCCUCCUGGACGGAGGCCAACGAUCGGGGGCUGCCCUCAAACAGGAGCCCCUCGAUGAUUUCUCUCCCAGUGAAGACGAACUCUUUCAGCACCACUAUCACCAUCAUUUGAGUGGUCGCAGUGGACACCUCCGUCACCCCCACCACCCCCCUCGACCUACCAUGCCUCCGCCCUACCACCUGCACCAGUACGUGGGGCCCAGCCCUGGGGGCCUGCUGCACAACCUGAGCCAGCAAACAGCACCGGCCCCAUCUCUGGGACACAAGCAGACCUCUGGAGGAGCUCCUGGACCUCACACAGCCGCAGAGCAGGAAGAGGCUGUUGGGGGAGUGCUGGGUGAUAAGCAGGUCUGUCGCUGGAUUGACUGCAGCGCUGCGUACGAGCAGCAGGAGGAGCUGGUGAGGCAUAUUGAGAAGGUGCACAUCGACCAGCGCAAAGGUGAAGACUUCACCUGUUUCUGGGCGGGUUGCAUUCGCCGCUACAAGCCGUUUAAUGCGCGCUACAAGCUGCUCAUUCACAUGAGGGUCCACUCUGGAGAGAAACCCAACAAGUGUAUGUUCGAGGGCUGUAACAAAGCGUUCUCACGUCUGGAGAACCUGAAGAUCCACCUGCGGAGCCACACAGGAGAGAAGCCGUACCUGUGCCAGCACCCCGGCUGCCAGAAAGCUUUCAGCAACUCCAGCGACCGGGCCAAGCAUCAGCGCACUCACCUGGACACGAAACCGUAUGCGUGUCAGAUCCCCGGCUGCACCAAACGUUACACAGAUCCCAGCUCGCUACGCAAACACGUCAAAAUCCACUCAGCCAAAGAGCAACAGGUGCGUAGGAAGCUUCGGCCCUGCCCUCACCUGGAGCAGGACGUCCUGAGUGAGUGUUUGUCCAUGCAGCACCUUCAGAGCUCCACCUCCUCACAGCACCUCUACAAUGGCAAAGAUGGUCGUUCUCCGGGAAUGGGCCAAGACAUCUUCACAGGCCUGUACACUGGCUCCAGCACCCCCCAUCACAGCGCCUCGGUAGAGCUUCUCUCCCCUAACCCCAACCCUGUCUCCGCCACCGACCUGCCCUCCAGACAACACCGGCUAGACCGCGACCUCGGGAGCCCUCAUCACCUGUCCCCGCUGACCGCCAUGGACGGCACGAGAGACGGGGUGUCGGGCCCCCUCCUGUCUCCCGGGAUGAAGGGAACAGGGACGCCUCCUCCUCCACCACCACCGCCACCUCUGGAGAAACAGCAUGUUCACUCUCACCAAAAGCCCUACUCUCACUAUCACCAUCAUCAGUCUGCUAAUGACGAAUAUCAAGGCAGCUUUCAGAGCUGCUUCCAUUUCGGAGACUCCUACAGGAUGGAGCAGACGGUCGGUGGUGUCCAUGUCCCCGGAGAUUCUCACGCCUACACUUCCCAUCAGCACAAUGGCUUCCACAUGUCAAACAGCACUGCUGGCUCUGCGGGCUUCAACUUGACCCAGGAGCUGCAGGGCAACGGCGGGUGCCAGUUCGCGUCAAGCCCGGAGGAGAGCAUUUUCUUCCAGGUUGGCAGCUUCGACCGCAGCCUGAGCCACAUGUCCUCCAUCUACACAGAGACAUAGAGCAACACUGGAGCAGGACACGCUUCACCACAAACACUCUACUACGCUGCAGUCCGACUCCUUCACAUGCAUCUUCACACACUCGUUGUUUUCUUCCCAGGUCACACAGACUUACUGCAGGUGUCAGAUGGAGGAUGAAACUGAGGAAAUCAGAAUGGCACUCAGUAGAGUACAUUCCUCCACCAAGGCCCAACAGUCUUCUCAAAUUCAAUCAAGCAGCACCAAAUGUCAAUCACUCAAUUUCGGUCCAUAAAUUUUCCCUGGGAUAUCAGUGAAAACUUCAAAAAACUCAGAUUCUUUCCAGAUCUGCGCCACCACAUCCUCCAAGUUUCGUCGAAAUCUGUUGAGUUGUUUUUGUGAGAUCUUACUAACAACACAGACAGGGGUGAAAACAUAAUCUCAUUUGUGAAGUAAAACAUUUAGUUCAGGUUAUUUACUCUUCACUUUGUUAAUAGUUAACCUUUACGGCCUGUGAACCCUUGAAACAAAAAUGUAUUAUCAUCAGUAAAACUGGUAAAAGGUUCCUCCUUCCUGGUUGUAAAUGAAUCAUUUUCAAAAGAAAAGAAAAACAUUUAAAAGAAAAAAAACAAAGAUUUGAGUGUUACAGAGACUCUCCAGUGAUUUGACUCAUUCACAUUAGCUAAUUUAAUACUUAAUACUGUAAAACAUCUUCUGCUGUUAAUGUCUGAGAAAAUAGUCCCAAUGAUGUCACAGUGAUGUCAUGAGGGGGUUAUUUGGGAUUGAGCUGGAGACAGAUUUAAAACAGAGAGCCUCUGUUAUUAACUCUGGAUGUGCAGGUUUGAAUACGAGGAUAUUUGCCCUGCAGGGAGUUCUCUUCCCUCAGCUGAGUUGCACUAUGUGAAUAUUAGGAUCUGGUAUUUCAGGUAGAAGUCAGGACGUCUCACCCUCUCUUAGGUCAAUUUUGUCCGUCCUGUCUCUUGCAUCCCCAAAACACAAUGAAAGUUUCAUCAAUCACUCUGAGAACUUUAAGGUUCAUCUUGUGAUCUCAGAUUCAGAC